AUGUGCCGCUGCGUGUGUUGUCCGCUGGAGUCUGCGGCAAUCUCGCGCCAAUCAUUUUGGCUCAAGUGUUCGGGCAAGCCGAAGAAUCUGUGCUGUUCGACGGCAAGCCAGCUGGAUCGCCCCUUCCAGCCACGCUCGUACGGCAUGUCGUUGGGGAGGUUCUCGCCUGCGGCCUUCGCGCUGCUGCUCGCGGCGGCUCUGGCGGCUCUGGCGGCGCCGCCGUUGGCCCGCAGCGCUGAGGGCGAGUGCGAGGACGCCAAGACGAGCGACGACGCCAAGACGAGCGACGACGAGGCGGCUUUGUUGCAGGUUCGCAACUCUGGAAACGUCACUAGCAACGCGACCGUGCAUGCCUCCAGCAAGGGCAAUGCCACCGGCAAUGCCUCCAGCAAGCGGGCGCGCUUCGUGCCCGCUGCUGGGUCGAUCAUGCCGGACGACAGGUGGACAAAGAGGGACUCGUGCUUCAUCAACGGCUACUACGAAAUGGGGCAAAAGACGGACGUCCUGUACGCGAGCCUCGGCUCCGCGGACGUCGGCACCGCCAAGAUCAUGUGCGUGAACAAGCCCGGCUGUGGGGGCUUCUCGUUCUACAGGGACGGCGCGGGGAACAUGCACGUCUACUACGGCACCGCGUCCGACGGCAACGGCUGGGGAUGCGUCGAGAGCCCCGGGUGGACGACCGUGAUGCAGUGCCACGAGCCGCAGUGCUACCUGCCGCCUCCCACCACCACCCUCCCCGGAGAGCCCAGCAGCUACCCCGACUCAGUCUGCACGGACCACGGCACGGCCUGGACCGACGGUACGGACGACUGUGCGGCGUACGCCGCCAACAGCAACGGCCCCAACGACGGCUGGUGCGCCGUCUACGGAGCGUCCAAGGGCCCCGACGGCUACUCGGCGCAGGAGGCCUGCUGCGCGUGCGGGGGAGGCUACACGGUCGUCGCGGGCCGGCCCUACCUGGUCCAGGGCGUGUCCUUCCUGGCCUCCUCGCGCCCGGACGAGGGCGCGACGGCCGCGGGCGGCUGGGGGGCCCCGGAUGGGCGCCUGGGCGGCGUGCCGGGCGGCGGCGGCCUCGCCGCGCGGCUCCUCGAGGAGGGCCGCCGCCGCGCCCAGCAGGUGCACGGUGCGCAGGACAUGGAAACGCUGCUGGCCCUGCAGGGCACCACCGCCGUGCCCGAGGAGACGCUGUCUGGCCUGAUCCGCUCCGCCAAGCAGGAGCUCUCCGCGGCGGAGCCCGCGGAGCUCGAGCGCUGGCGCGGCGCCGGCCUCAACGAACACGCGUCCGUGGGCACGUUCGCGAAGCUGGGCAUGGAGCUCAUGGUCGCCGGGGCGCCCCCGAGCCUUUCGCGCCUCGCGGCCCGUGCGCAGGAGGAGGAGGUGCUGCACGCCCACAUCAGCCUCGCGCUGGGCGGCGCGCGCGAGGGCGGCGAGCUGCUGGAGUUCCCCGAGCACGCGCUGGAGCUCACGCGCGACAAGGGCGCCCUCCACCGCGCCGCGAUCGCCGAGGGCCUGCGGGGUGAGGGCCGGGCCGCGCUGGAGCUCUUCGACCAGGCGGUGGAGUCGCUGCGCGGGCGCCCCGCGGUCGCCCGGCUGUGCUGGCUGAUGGCGCUGGACGAGGCCAGGCACGCGGCUCUGGCGGAGGAGACGCUGCAGUGGCUGCAGCGCACCGCCGGCAUGCCCGCGCCGCGCGUGGAGAUCGGAGCCCGCGGGGUCGAGGUGGUCCGGAGCGCGUGA